GGCUGGAUUCAGCUGGCCACAGACCACACAGACACCCCCUGCUCCCAAGAAAAAGCCAGGGUGCUGUCGCCGGACACAGAGCCACUCAUGGAGAUGCUCCCCGGAGCCUGGCUGCUCUGGGCCUCGCUCCUGCUGCUCGCUGGGCCCGCCCAGGCCUGCCCCAUGGGCUGUGACUGCUUCGUCCAGGAGGUGUUCUGCUCCGAUGAGGAGUUGACUGCCAUCCCCUUGGACAUCCCGCUGCAUGCCACCAACGUCGUCUUUGUGGAGACCUCGUUCACAACGCUGGGGACCAGGGCCUUCAGCGGCAGUCCCAACCUGACCAAGCUGGUCUUCCUCAACACGCAGCUGUGCCACUUUGGGCCGGAAGCCUUCGGUGGGCUGCCCGGCCUGGAGGACCUGGAGAUCACGGGCAGUGCCUUCUCCAACCUCAGCGCCGACAUCUUCUCCGGCCUGGGCUUGCUGGGCAAGUUCACCCUGAACUUCAACAAGCUGGAGGCCCUGCCCGAGGACCUCUUCAUCCACAUGAGAGCCCUGGAGUCCCUGCAGCUGCAGGGCAACAGGCUCCAGACCCUGCCAGAGAGGCUCUUCAGGCCGCUGACCCAAUUGAAAAGCCUCGACCUCGCCCAGAACCGCCUGGUGCAGCUGCCUGAGGGGCUGUUCCACCCACUCGCCAGCCUGCAGAGCCUGAAGCUGAGCAACAACGCCCUCUCGGGCCUGCCCCAGGCUGUGUUUGGUCGCCUGGGCAGCCUGCAGGAGCUCUUCCUGGACAGCAACGCCAUCUCUGAGCUGCCCCCGGCCGUGUUCUCACGGCUCUUGAGCCUGGAGACACUGUGGCUGCAGCGCAACGCCCUGGGGCACCUGCCAUCCACUGUCUUCUCCGCCCUGGACAACCUGACCUUCCUGAACCUGCAGGGCAACACGUUGCGGACGCUGCCCGCUGGCCUCUUUGCCCACACGCCGCACCUGGUCGGCCUGUCCCUGUCCCACAACCAGCUGGACACGGUCCCCGAGGACGCCUUUGCCAACCUGUCCAGCCUCACUUCCCUCACGCUGUCCCACAACGCCAUCACCCACCUCCCUGCCAGCAUCUUCAGGGACCUUGGGGCGUUGGCCAAGCUCUACCUGGGCAGCAACAACCUGACAGCCUUGCACCCGGCCCUCUUCCAGAACCUGUCCAAGCUGGAGCUGCUCAGCCUGUCCAGGAACCAGCUGACCACCCUCCCACAGGGCAUCUUUGACACCAAUGACAACCUGUUCAAUGUGGCCCUGCACGGCAACCCCUGGCAGUGCGACUGCCACCUGGCCUAUCUCUUCAGCUGGCUGCGCCAGUACAGCGACCGGUUCUUCAACAUCCAGACCUACUGCGCAGGCCCUGCCUACCUCAAGGGCCAGGUGGUGCCUGCUCUGCAGGAGGAGCAGCUGGUGUGCCCCGUUAACCGGGACCGCUUUGGCUUCCUGGCCCCAGGGCUGGACGACAGGGAGCCAGGGGCCAGCUGGGAUCUGGCCGUGGAGGGAGAAGUGGCCCCGAGCCGGUGCACCUACAGCAACCCCGAGGGCACGGUGAUGCUGGCCUGCGACGAGGCCCGGUGUCGCUGGCUGCACCUGCAGCUGUCUCCCAGACAAGGCUCCCCAGGGCUGGCGUACAAUGCCAGUGAGGAGUGGGACUUGAGGUCCGGCUGUGGCUCCGUGCGGGUCACUGUGUCUAUCCAGGCGCUGGGACCCUAGGUUCAGGGUGUACUGAGCCAGGAGCCUGGCAGAUUGGGCUUGGGGUGGGACCAGGUGACAGGUGCACAGGGGCUGGGGAGCUGGGGCUCGAAGCUUUGCCUUUUCCAAAGCAAAGGGACAGGUCGCGUGUCCUGGGGGGGUGGGGGUGUCAGGCCUGCUCUACCUUCAUCACCUCCUCCCUGAGUCUGAGACCUCACAAGACCACCCUCGUGGGGAAGCUGCCCAUGUGGGCAGAAUAAAGAGCCCGGGCCCUGC